CGGUCAGCCUCUCUCUGUCCACUUGCACCACCUUGGACUUCAGCCACAUCAAGAAGAAGAGGGUGGAAGCCAUUAGGGGACAGAUCUUGAGCAAACUCAGGCUCACCAGUCCCCCUGAGCCAUCGGUGAUGACCCACGUCCCCUACCAGAUCCUGGCCCUUUACAACAGCACCCGGGAGCUGCUAGAGGAGAGGGAGGACGGCUGCACUCAGGAAAACACCGAGUGGGAGUACUAUGCCAAAGAAAUCCAUAAAUUCGACAUGAUCCAGGGGCUGGCGGAGCACAACGAGCUGGCUGUCUGCCCCAAAGGAAUCACCUCCAAGGUUUUCCGCUUCAACGUGUCCUCAGUGGAGAAAAACGGAACCAACCUGUUCCGAGCAGAAUUCCGGGUCUUGCGGGUGCCCAACCCCAGCUCCAAGCGCAAUGAGCAGAGGAUCGAGCUCUUCCAGAUACUCCGGCCAGAUGAGCACAUCGCCAAACAGCGCUAUAUUGGUGGCAAGAAUCUGCCCACGCGGGGCACUGCUGAGUGGCUGUCUUUUGAUGUCACUGACACUGUGCGUGAAUGGCUCUCACGAAGAGAGUCCAACUUAGGUCUGGAAAUCAGUAUUCAUUGUCCAUGUCACACCUUUCAGCCCAAUGGAGAUAUCCUGGAAAACAUUCAUGAGGUGAUGGAAAUCAAAUUCAAAGGCGUGGACAGUGAGGAUGAUCAUGGCCGUGGAGAUCUGGGGCGCCUCAGGAAGCAGAAGGACCACCACAACCCUCAUCUAAUCCUCAUGAUGAUUCCUCCACAUCGGCUUGACAACCCGGGCCAGGGGGGUCAGAGGAAGAAGCGGGCCCUGGACACGAAUUACUGCUUCAGCAACGUGGAGGAGAACUGCUGUGUGCGCCCUCUCUACAUUGACUUUCGACAGGAUCUGGGUUGGAAAUGGGUCCAUGAACCUAAGGGAUAUUACGCCAACUUCUGCUCAGGCCCUUGCCCAUACCUCCGCAGUGCAGACACAACCCACAGCAAGGUGCUGGGCCUGUACAACACCUUGAAUCCUGAAGCAUCGGCCUCGCCUUGCUGCGUGCCCCAGGACUUGGAGCCCCUGACCAUCCUGUACUAUGUCGGGAGGACCCCCAAGGUGGAACAUCUCUCUAAUAUGGUGGUGAAGUCCUGUAAGUGUAGCUGAGACCCCACCUGCGACAGAGAGAGAGGAGAGAGAACUGCCACUGCCUGCCUGCCUGCUCCUCGGGAAACACAAGAGCAACAGACCUCACCUCGAGGCCUGGAGCCCACGCCCCGCAGCUCCAGGCAAAUGGCUGAGACGGAGGUUCCCUUUUGGAACAUUCCUCUUUCUCGCUGGCUCUGAGAAUCACUGUGGUAAAGAAAGUGUGGGUUUGGUUAGGGGAAGGCCGAACUCUCCAGAACACGGAUUUUCUGUGACGUAAACAGAGGUGGUGGGGACAGAGGAAGAGGGAUGGCAAGUCGACACGUUGUGUGGCAAUGGGAUUUGAGAUACCUGGGAGGAGGAAGGGCGGAGAAGGCUGGGACAGGGCCAGACUGGAAGACACUUCUGAUCUGAGGUCAGAUUUUCUCAUCGCUGCCCCACAUCUGCUCUAGGGAAUCUGGAUUACGUUAUACAAGGCAAGCAUUUUUCUUCAGACAGGUUACUAAGACAUGGUCCCAGCAUUGUAUCUCAUACUACUUGGGAUUAAGGACAAAUCUGUUAUUUUUGCAAAAUGUCCUCUUGACAUCACUCAGCAUCAAGGGUCAUUACAGGGAAGAAGUCCAGGUAAUGUAGUUCCCAGGCCACCAACUAUAUUGGGCUCUACAGAUAGGCUGAACUCAGAAGCAGGUGGGAUUAACCUUCUCCCAUCCGCCCUCUGGGUCCCUCCUCUCGCCUUCUCCCUAGGUCGUAUCUCCCCUUGGACGUUUGGCUAGACACCUUCCAGGUCAGGGUGCACGUAUCUGAAUUUCGGGUCUGUGCGGCCUUUGGGGCAUUAUGGGUUUCCCCCCUCACCCUCUAAGACCCUGUGCUCAUCUGGUGUUCCUGGAAGCAGGUGCUACGUGUGGGGCACAGGGGGAAGCUGCACGUUGUGUGCCACACCAUGACUUGGCCCCAGAUGCGUAGACUGAGGUAUAAAGACAAAUACAAAUAUUACUCUCAAAAUCUUUGUAUAAAUAAAUAUUUUUGGGGACUCUUGGAUCAUUUCAUCUUCUGGAAGAUUGCUUCUAGAACAGUAAAAGCCUUAUUCUAAGGUGUCA